AUGACCACCUCAAAGCCUUUUGAUCACCUUCACACAACAACCACCGCGAGGUCUUUCAUUUCUUCUCUGGCAGAUACAAAUAAAUAUCGCCAGUUUCUUUCUUUUGGCGAAAUUGCUCCCCGAAGUAAGGAACCUCCGCCACAAACCAUACCCAUUCCCCCCAACAUCCUUUCUGCUGCACACCUUGCAGUCAAUUUAGCUAAAUUAACUUUCUCCUCCUCCUCCUCCUCCUCCUCCUCCUCCUCCUCCUCCUCCUCCUCUUAA